CCUUCAAUUGCUAUGGUUUAUCCCUUGUUUGUUUCAAUCAGGGCAGUUGAGACUGGUUCUGGAUACCACAUGAGGAAGUUGAUCAGAUAUUGGAUAAUUUUCUCUUUGUUUUCUCUCUUUGAGUUUGCUUUUGUGAAAGUCAUUGAGUGGUAAGUGUUGCUCCUAUAGCUGCUUCUGUCGAUGAUUCCCGAUUAUAUGUAUUGAGAAUGUUAUUAUGAUAAGUAUGUAGCAAUUUAUUCAUGAUUAUUGCCACUCGACCUUUUUAAGGCAUCGGUGUAACUUAAUGCUUCUGUAUUCGUCUGUAUAUCCUUGGGUAAUGAGCAUUUUAUUUGAAGGGAUUGGGAUUCUUGUUUGGUUGCUUACCUCCUAUGCCAUUUGUUUGAUAUAUGUGUUCAACAACAAGCAUGCAUAUAGAGAAUUAAAGAGCGUUGUGAUCGUACAUACAAGCUCUGUUUCAUGUAUGGGUUUAUGCAUUACUUCAUUUGUUUUGGACAGGAUACCUUUCUGGUCUGGUGUAAGACUUGCAGUUAUCUUCUGCUUAGUGAUGCCUCAGUUUGAGGGUGCAUGUCUUGCCUACCAAGGCCUUGUAGGUUCAUUUAUUGACAGGUUUGACAUGCUAAUGGAAGAGAGACUUUGUAAGAGAAGAACAUUUUUGGAUGUAGUAGACAAAUACAUCAAUGAAAAUGGACCAGAAGCUCUGGAAAAGCUCAUUGCAUCACAGAUGACACCACCAGAAGCAAGAGUGGAAAAUAGAUGCCUUGAGACUCCCCUCCUGAAGAAAUCUGAGCAAGAAUGGACCUGUGGCUUAUGUAAGAUGACUAGCGUUGGUGAGUCAACGCUGAAUGCUCAUCUUCAGGGCAGCAUGCACAAGUCCAAGCUUGAGAUCCUCAGAGCAAUCUUGCUUAAUGCAAAAGAUACAGGAUCGUCGCCUUUGUGGCAGGUGCAACACACACGUUCAUUUUCCGCUGCUUGGGAUCUGAGGGGAACAUAUGCAGCUGCUGAGUUUAAAGAGAGAAUGCCACCAAAAGAACCAGAGAACACCCUCCUCAAGAAAGCUGAGCAAGAAUGGACCUGUGAUCUGUGUAAAGUUACUAUGGCAAGUAAGUCAAUGUUGAAUGCUCAUCUUCAAGGGAGCAAGCACAAGACCAAGCUUGAGUCCCCUAAAGCAUGCUUACUUGAUUCGAAAGAUACAGGUCCCUCGCCUUUGGUGGACAAUGCACAGUCAAUUCCUGCUGGGUGGGAUCUGAAGGGAACAUAUGCAGCUGCUGAGGUUAAACAGAUAAUGCCGCCAAAAGAAACUGCAGAAAAGUCGGGCCCAGAGACCCCUCUCCAUGAGAAAACCCAUCAAGAAUGGAACUGUGAUCAGUGCAAGGUGAUAACCACAGAUCCGUUAACAUUAAACGGUCAUCUUCAAUGGGGCGAAGACAAUGCUAAACUUCAGACUAUCCUGAAUGAAAGCUUGCUUGAUGCAAAAGAUACAGGAACCAUCUUACCUUUGGUGCAGCACACACAGCCAGUUUCUGCUGCUUGGGAUCUGAACGGAACACUUGAAGCUGAUAAGGAUAAAGAGCUGAUGCUACCAAAAGAAACUAAGGAAACGAGACUCCCAGAAACUCCUCUCUUCAAGAAAGCUCAGCAAGAAUGGACUGAAUUUAUAACUACCGCGGAGUAUGCACAGUCAGUUCCUGCUGGUUGGGAUAUGAACGGAACACUUGAAGCUGUUAAGGAUAAAGAGAUGAUGUCACCAAAAGAAACUGCAGAAAUGCGACUCCCAGAAACCCCUCUCCUCAAGAAAUCUCAACAAGAUAUGACUGGUGAUAUGUCCAAGGUUACUACUGAGAGUGAGUUAAUGUUGAAUGAUCAUCUUCAAGGUAGCCAACACAAGUCCAAGCUUGAGACCACCUUGAAAGCAAGCUUGCUCGAAGCAAAAGAUACAGGACCUUCACCUUCGCAGGUGCAACACUUGCAGUCAGUUUCUGCUGCAUGGGAUCUGAAUGGAACAUAUGCAGCUUUUGAGGAAGAAAAGAUAAUGCCACUAAAAGAAGCUGCAGAAAGAAGACUCCCAGCAACCCCUCUCCUCAAGAAAGAUAAGCAAGAAUGGACUGGUGAUCUAUGCAAGGUACCUACCGAGAGUGUGUCAACGUUGAAUGAUCAUCUUGAAGAGAGCAACCCCAACUCCAAGCUUGAGACAACCCUGGAAGUAGAGCGUGCACCUUCAAUUCCUGCUGCUUGGGAACCGAAGGGAUCAUAUGCAGCUGCUGAGGCUAAAGAGAUACUGUCGCCAAAAGAAACUGCAGAAAAGUGGGGGACAGGGACCCCUCUCCUCAAGAAAUCUUGUCAAGAAUGGACCUGUGAUCUUUGCAAGGUGACAACCCCGGGUGAGAUAUCGUUAAACGGUCAUCUUCAAGGGCACAAACACAAGGCCACGCAAAAAAGGUCGAGAAUGCUCAGCAAAAAUGGUCGAAAAUGGUCAAGGGCGCAAACACAAGGCCAACCCCGUGUGAGAAGUCCAGAGAUCCCUCUUGUCGAGAAUGCACAGCAAAAAUGGACCUCUGAUCCAUGCAAGGUGAUAACCAAAAAUAAGAUGACGUUAAAUGGUCAUCUUCAGGAGACAAGACACAAGGACAAGCUUGAGUUCACCAUGAAAGAAGGCUUGCUUGAACUUGAAAAGCAUGCUGCAAGCAAGAAUGGACAUGUUGAAGGGAGGGAUUCCCAUAGAGAUGUCCAAGUUGUAAAAUCAGAGGCUAGAAAUGGUUCCCCGGCAGCUCUAAAAGAGGUGCAGUAUAUGCAGCCAAUUGAGGUUCCCGAAUGUACAUAUUCCAAUACUGAGGUUAAAGAGACGAAGCCACCACUGAAAGCAAGUCGCGCAGGAAAUCCUCCCUUCAAGAAAGAACGGAUUGUUAAGUCAGAGGCAAAAAAUGGUUCAUCGGCAUUACAAGAGGUGCAGUAUGCACAGCCACUCGAGGUUCUCGGACAAACAAAUGCCAAUACUCUGAGGUUAAAGAGAUGCCGCCGCCGCCGCCGCCAGAAGCAAGUCCUGCAGUAACUCCUCCCCUCAAGAAAAAACAUAUGCCAAUACUGAGGUUAAAGAGACGAUGCCAAUACUGUGACGCCCGACUUUUCCUAUUGGCAUAAUGUCCAAAGUGCAUUCGGGUGGGAGGGUGGGUGUAUAUUCCUUUGUAGGUGUACUCUUUCAGAAGCUCCAAUGUAAUUGUUAUCUCCAUGUUGCUCCUGCACGAAAAAAAAAAUAAAAUAAAACAACAUAAAAAAAUAAAAAAAAUACUCAAUUCAUAAAAUA